AUGAGUGUAUCUGACAGAAUAGAUCUUGUCAAAAAGCCAGUAGUUUUGCCAACCAUCUCCACUAAACUACCUGCUGAGACUAUUAACCAUACCAACUGGUCUCAUCACAUCUCUACACUUGUCCUGGCAGACCCGGAGUUCUACAAACCAGGUGAAGUCGAUAUGCUAUUGGGAGCAGAAGUUUACUUCGACCUUAUCAUUGAAGGAAAGAUAUCAGGUACCAAACAAACACCUACUCUUCACAAUAGUGUUUUGGGCUGGAUUGUUGCUGGUAGGUGUGGGCAGUACCCAAAUGAGACUGAGUCAACUUGCAAUUUGACUAUUGAGAGCCAACUUAAGCGAUUCUGGGAAAUCGAGCAAGUUGUUACUGAUCCUGUUCUCACUAAAGAGGAACAAUAUUGUGAGCAGCAUUUCAAGGAAAAUGUCAAACGAGAUGAAUCUGGACGCUUUGUUGUAAAACUACCAUUCAAUGAACGUCUAAAUGAGUUAGGAAAAUCACAGCACAUAGCUUUGGGUAGUUUCAAAAAAGUUGAACAAAGAUUGUCAUUAAAUUCCGAGAGAAAACAGCAGUAUAAUAGUUUCUUACAGGAGUAUCUGAAACUAGGACACAUGGAACUAACAGGGAAGCUAAAUUUCAGUGAAUCAGUAACCACCACAGGUAACGUAACAAAUUGUUUCUUACCUCAUCACGAAGUAAUAAAGGAGUCAAGCUCUUCAACCAAACUGAGAGUGGUUUUUAAUGCAUCCUGUCCUACAAGCACAAGGGUAUCUUUGAAUGAUACACUUAUGAUAGGUCCAAACGUCCAGCAGGACUUGUUUUCCAUCCUAACACGUUUCCGACUACAUGAAAUAGUUAUGGUUGCUGACUGUGAGAAAAUGUAUCGCCAGGUGUUAGUUGAUGAAAAUGAUUGUAAGUUUCAACAAAUAUUGUGGAGGACAAACAGUUAUGAGCCUGUCAAAAUAUAUAAACUGAAAACAGUAACAUAUGGCACCUCUAGUGCUCCCUUCUUAGCUACUAGGUGUUUGAAACAGUUAUCAGAAGACGAGAAGACACGAUUCCCUACAGCUUGCGCUGCUGCAGGAACGGAUCUCUAUGUGGACGACUUACUAACCGGGUGUCAUGAUGAGAAGACUGCUCUACAGUUACAGGAAGAACUUGAUCAACUUUUACGUUCAGGAUGUUUCAAACUACGUAAGUGGUGUUCCAAUAGUUCUGCUGUACUAGACAUGAUACCAAAAGAGGACAAAGAGGUUGGUGCUAUGAACUUAGAUUUAGAAGAGAGUAAACCUAUUAAAACUUUAGGAGUUGCGUGGGAACCCAAAUCAGACAUGUUUCAAAUAAACAUCAAUGUCACAACUCAAAAUAAAUCUAGUUUAAACAAACGAGAAAUUCUGAGGGCUAUUUCAAGUGUAUUUGAUCCACUGGGACUAAUAAGUCCUUUAGUAAUAGUUUCAAAAAUCAUGCUACAACAACUGUGGUUAACUGGACUAACUUGGGAUGAGCCGGUGAGUGAAGACAUAGCAAAACAAUGGGAUCAAAUCAAAGGCGAGGACUAUAGCCACUCGGCUAUCAGGCCGAGUAUCAGGGGAAGUGGUCAGAGAGAGUGUUUCCUAGCAAAAGUCACGGACGUGGUGUGA